AUGUACCUGCGUGCCGCCCACGCUGAAUUCAACAUCCCCGUCCUCCGGCACUUUAUACGGGAGAAUCCCUUGGGCCUUCUGAUUACGUCUCUCUCGUCGCCCAAUUUUCCGACGAUACAAUGCACGCACAUCCCGUGGGUCCUCGACGUCGCAGAUGACUCGAGCGAGACAGAACUAGGCAGACUGCGUGGGCAUCUUGCCCGGCAAAAUCCGCAGUCCAAGGCGCUGAUCGAAGCUGCCGCCCAGCAGCAGCAAAGUAUAUCUGACAACGGCACCCAGAGUCUCACGGAAGAAGUCUCGGUCGUCUUCAGCGGCCCCGUACACCACUACGUGACGCCCAAAUUCUACGUCGAGACCAAGCCCGCCACAGGCAAGGUAGUGCCGACGUGGAACUACUCGGCGGUGCAGGCGUACGGAACUGCCAUCGUGCAUUACGACACUCACCUGGAAGGAACGGGCAGAUUCCUCCAGCAGCAGAUCGGCGACCUGUCGCACCACGCCGAGACGACCAUCAUGGGCUACGAGAGGCCGUGGAACGUCACCGACGCGCCCGAACGCUACGUCGAGCUGCUCAAGAAAAACAUCAUCGGCAUCGAGGUCCACGUCACCCGCUUGGAAGGGAAGUACAAGAUGAGCCAGGAGCUCGGCAAGGCCGACCGGCUGGGCGUGAUCAAAGGGUUUGCAGCCCUCAACACCCAGGUCGGGGACUUGGUCGCAAAGACGGUCGAGGAGAGAGGAGCGCUGAAGGAUGCACUACAGGCGGGUGCGAAGGCUCGUACUUAA